AUGGUAGUGGAAAGUGGUAGGCUGAGCCUCGCACCUGAUUUUAAUUCCCGUUGUUUCGGACAAUCAGUUCAGGGAUGGUUGGGUUAUAUUAGACGUAAUGAUUGUCAAUUUUUUGUAUUCAACCCACUUUCUGGCAAAAAAAUCAACCUUCCAUCCAUUGAAACAAUUCCCUCUGUUAAGCGCGUCAUUCGGAACAGCCAAUCUGGUUUGGUGGAAAGCAUUAUUUCAGACCUCGGCGGCUGCAAACCCCUAGCCCCAAAACGUUGUUAUACAGGCCUCAUCUCAGAUGUUGUUCUCUCGUCAUCUCCUGUGGAUGACGACUGCAUAGCUGUGGUCAGUUACGGUUUAUAUGAUAAACUCGCCUUCUGCAGAAGAACACGGCGAGAUGAUGAUCGUCCCAACUGCUGGAUUCCCCUCCAUUCCCCCUUUAUUUUAUACAGGCAAAUUGUUUACCACAGUGGAAAGAAAUUAUUUUAUACCAUCGGUGGCGAAAUGGUCCAAGAGCUUGAAGCUUGGGAUCUCCAUAAUGAUCCAAUUAAGAGGUUUCACAUUGAGGAUCAGUCUCAAGUUUUGAGAAAUAUACGUGAUUUUCUUGGUCAUCUCAAGGAUGGGGAUUUGGAGGAUUUGGAUCACUCAGUAGAAUUGGUUCCAAGGAUUCACUUGGUGUACGACCACCAAAGCCAGGAGCUUUUUAUUGUUAAGCACAAUGUUUUAGUAACCAAUAAUGUGUUCACUAUUUACGGUGUGCCACAUAUUAAAGAUCCUGAUGUUAUUACCCACAAGACUCUGAGUUUUGAUGUUUUCAAGGUUAAUUUCAUAAAUGAUCAUCUUGUAAAGGUUCAAUACUUGGAAGAAAGCAUUGGUAAUCGUGCAUUUUUCGUUGGCAAACAAAGGAGCUUUGUUCUCUCAACCACGGAAUUUCCGGAAUUGAGGCCUGGUUCUAUUUACUUUGCUGAUGACAAGUACGAAUGGAAGUACAAUCUCGCAGGCCAUGAUAUGGGCAUUUAUGACUGCAAAGAAAAUUGCAUUAUCAACAAGCUAGAGAGUAUUUCACCUGCUAAUAGUUGGUUUAUCCCAGAUGUUGAUGCGGACUUUUAG